CUCACAAGAAGUGCCAGCGACAUAGUAACAAGAAAGAUCAAGAACGAGCAACGAAAAUGAGACCUGUAAUCAGUCUUCUUUGCCUUUGUGCAGUUCUUGUGGGGCAGCUCGUAGCUAGUCCCUUGCCUCAACAGGAACCAACUGAAGAACCAGAAGGAACAGAACCCCCAGAUGAUAUAGAAGCUCCAGACGAAACAGACGCCCCAGAAGCAACAGAAGCCCCAGAUGAUAUAGAAGCUCCAGAGGAUACAGAAGCCCCAGAAGCAACAGAACCCCCAGAUGAUAUAGAAGCUCCAGAAGAAACAGAAGCCCCAGAAGCAACAGAAGCCCCAGAUGAUAUAGAAGCUCCAUAGGAAACAGAAGAACCAACGGAAGAACCCGAGGCAAAGUAGUACAGUAAGAAGAGGCGAAGACUGGCGGACGACUAAAUGAAGAUUAAGAACUAUAAACAUGUCCUCAACACGAUCAGCAACAAUCUUACAUUAAGUAAAAAAAGCUAACUUGUGCAGUCAGUCAUUACCUGCAAACAUAGCACAGCCACUACAAUGAAAGCUUUAUUUUCGUUAUUUCUUGGCCUUGUGUUCAUUUGAUAAGAUAAACAUGUAAUAACUUUUGUUUUUCUUUUUUUUUUUUUCUUUUUCCUUCCCUUUCCACGGGGAUAUUAAAGACUGCAGAACUCCCAGCUUGGUGUAAUGUCGUUUCUUCUAUUUAUUAACUAUUUGUUCCUCAUUUCGCCGUGUCCGUACCCAUGUGUAUUUAUUUACAAUAUCGUAUAAAUAAACAGCGGAAUUCUCCUCAA